AUUUCAGAUAAGUAACAGAACUUUUGCUUCUUUUUCAGAAAACUAUUAUUAAAAUAACUUUCCAGGAUAGAUAAUUAAAUUAGCAGACAUAACAUUACUCACAGUAGAAGAAUCUUGUUGGCUCUCUUCUGGUGAAUAAAAAAUAAAAAAGCCUCAAUCUGGUUUAACGGAUGCUGGGAUGAAUAGGUGGAUCCUGUAAUGAGUGGGAUGUUUAGUCCACUAGGUGGCAGUAAUGGGAUUGUAUAAAGUUAAGUGCAUUUGCUAAGGAGAGGUGUGGUAAUUUGAAUAUGAUGAAUGUUCCACGUGGAAUGAAGACGCCAGCACCAGUAAUACCUCUUUAUAUUGGUUUCUUGUCUGGUUAUUGAAUAAUACAUGGUACCAGGCGUGGGGUUUGAAGAACGCCAUGGACGCAAUUAAACCACCGGGCGCUUUGAAGUUUGUGUGGAAAUGUUGACGCAAAUUGGUGGACUUUCAAACAACAGUUUACGCUGUAUGUUUCAGCUAUUGGCCAAGCAGAAGCUGCAGAUGAAAGGAAGAUUGCUGUUACUUACUAUUGCUGGAGUAGACGCUGUGGAAGUAUACAACACCUUUAAUUUUGAAGAUGAGGCAGAUCAGAAGAAACUGGAUAAGGUAUUGGAAAAAUUUGAUGCUCAUUGCUUGUCAAAGAAGAAUGAGACAUAUGAGCGAUAUGUAUUUCGAACGCGAAUGCAGCAUGAAGGAGAGACUUUUGAUUGCUUUCUUACUGACCUUAAGAUAAAGGCAAAAACCUGUAAUUUUAAUGAAUUAAGAGAUUCCAUGAUUCGUGAUCAGAUUGUUUUUGGCAUAUGUGACAAGAAAGGGCGAGAAAGAUUGCUACGAGAGUCUGAACUCACCUUGGAUCAUGCUGUUGAAUUGUGCCAGUCCAGUGAAUUAGCGAGACAGCAAGUGAUGCAGUUUGAUGUUUCUUCAGCGACGUCCUCUCUGAAUGCAGCUGCAGCUAUUGAUGCCAUAUCUUUCAGAGACAAGAAACGAGAGAUAACCUUCUUAGGUAACAAGCUGUCUGCAAAAGGUGUGGAACCAGAUCCAGCUAAAGUACAAGCCCUCUUGGAAAUGCCUCCACCUAAUGACAAGAAGGGAGUUUUACGUGCCUAAGGUAUGGUAAAUUUCCUAGGAAAAUUUCUGCCAAAUCUAUCUGCCAAAACCACCCAUAUGAGAGCAUUGUUACAAAAUCUCAAAGAGUUUGUGUGGUCUUCUGUACAUGAUCAAGAAUGGAGGAGGUUAAAAGAGAUCCUGACUUCUGAACCUGUUCCUGAUUUUUUUUUAUUACACUCGUCCAAUUAAGAUCUCUACAGAUGCCUCUCAGGAUGGACUAGGAGCUGUGCUUCUUCAGGCUGGUGGAGAUUCCUGGAAACCUGUGGCCUAUGCUUCCCGAUCCCUGACGGAAACUGAAAAAAGGUACUCUCAAAUUGAAAAGGAGACUUUGGGGGUACUAUUUGGCUGUGAGAAAUUUCAUGGAUAUGUUUAUGGAUUACCUACUUUUACAGUAGAGACAGAUCAUAAACCAUUAAUAUCGAUAAUUCAAAAGAACUUAAAUGAUAUGUCACCCAGAAUUCAACGCAUGAUGAUGAAAUUGCAAAGAUAUGAUUUAAAUCUAGUGUAUACACCUGGGAAGCAUAUCAUUGUGGCUGAUGCACUGUCACGAGCACCGAUG